GCAGAGAAGCCUGGUUCUUCUUUUUCCCCGUUGAAAAGUGUCUUCCUUGAAGGACAGCAGUAGAGGGAAGCAUUUCAGAAACAACGCGACACCCUCAGGACAAAGAUAACACAGUUGGGACGGCGUCGUGACUUGCUCCCAUCCAUGUGGAUGGUCGCAGCCCUCUGACUAAUGUUUCUGAUCCUACUUUAGGACACAGGCAGUGGCCCUGUCCGUAAGGAGAAGCAACGCAUCCGGCAGGACUGCCUCUAGGGCCUGCCGCAGAGAGGCCGACAGGGCACACGGGAAGGCAUGGCCCAAAGGCAGGACUGACUGUACCAGGCAGCCCCGGCUCUCAGGAUGUGGUCAGUGUGGAGCCAGAAGAGCACCAUGUGGCUGGGAGCCCUGCUGACUCUGCUGCUCUGUUCGCGCCUCCAGAGUCAGGAAAACUCCUUCACCAUCAACAGCAUCCACAUGGAGAGCCUGCCCCAGUGGAGGGUGCAGAACGGGCAGAGUGUGCACCUGCAGUGCACUGUGGACAUCAGCACCACCUCGCUCAAGAGGCCCCAGCACCAGGUGCUGUUCUACAAGGACGACGUGGUCUUGCGCAAUGUCUCCUCUGUGAAGAAUGCAGAGAGCUUCUUCAUCUCGCAAGCCCGGGUGCACGACUCGGGGAUGUACAAGUGUACCGUGCUCCUGAACAACAAGAAGAAGACCUCUGAGGAGAGCCGGCUGUUGGUGCAGGGGAUGCCGAAACCCAAGGUGACGCUGGACAAGAGGGAGGCCAUAGAAGGCGGGGUCGUGACUGUCAACUGUUCUGUCCCAGGGGAAAGGGCCCCGAUAUAUUUCAAGGUUGAAAAAUUUGAGCGGGAUCCAAAAACUAUCAAGCUCACAAAAGAAAAGAAUUCUUUGGAACAGAAUUUUGUGACUGUGGAAUUCCCAAUUGGAGAGCAGGACUAUGUUUUGUACUUCACCUGCCAAGCCAGUAUUUCUUUGGGGUUCCAAACCGAGACUUCUGAGACCACCAGGAGUGAAGAGGUCACCGUGACAGAAUCCUUCUCCACUCCCAGGUUCCACGUCUCUCCCCGGGGGGUGAUCACAGAAGGAGACCAGCUCGAGAUCAAGUGCACCAUUCAGGUGACGCCCCUGGCCCACGAGACUCCGGAAAUCAUCAUCCAGAAGGACAAGGCCAUUGUGGCCCACAGCAGCCGUGGCAGCGAAGUUGCCUACUCGGCCAUGGCCAUGGUGGAGCACAACGGCAACUACACGUGCAAAGUAGAGUCCAGUCGUCUGUCCAAGGUCAACAGCAUCGUGGUCAACAUCACAGAACUGUUUCCCAAGCCGAAGCUGGAAUCUUCCUCCGUCCGUGUGGACCAAGGUGAGAGGCUGGACCUACGGUGCUCCAUCCCAGGAGCGCCUCCAGCCAACUUCACCAUCGAGAGGGAAGGCACCAUCAUGUCCCUGGGCCAGAAUUUCACCAAAAUCACGGAUGGAUGGGAGAGUGGGACAUACACCUGCUCUGCAGGCGUUGGCAAAGUGGUCAAGAAGAGCAAUGCCGUCCAGAUCAAAGUGUGCGGAAAUAUCUCCAAGCCCAGGAUUUUCCAUGACACCAAAUCCGAGAUCAUUAAAGGACAGGCCGUGAGAAUCAGCUGCCAGUCUGAGAACGGAACCUCCCCCAUCACUUACUACCUUCUCCGAGGCAGUGAUAUUUUAGAGAACAUCACGAAGACCUCGAAUGACCCUGCAGUGUUCCGAGACAACCCAACGGAAGAUGCAGACUACAAGUGCGUGGCCGAUAACUGUCACUCGCACCUGGAGGCGUCCAGUGAGGCCCUGAGCAUCAAGGUGAUAGCGCCCGUGCACCAGGUCAAGCUCUCGAUCCUGAGGAACUCUGAGGUGGAAACUGGGAAGGAGAUUGUGCUUCAGUGCUCCGUGACUGAAGGGACUGGUCCCAUCACGUACAGGUUUUACAAAGACAAGGAUUCCAAACCCUUCCACCAAACCAUCUCGAAUGACACUCAGGUCAUUUGGUAUAAGGAACAGGCCAGCAAGGAGCAGGAGGGACAGUACUACUGCAUAGCCUUCAACAAAGCCAGCGUCACCCUGAGCAGCUCCCACAGCAACGUCUUGAUGGUCAAGGUCUUUCUUGCCUCGUGGAAGAAAGUGCUUAUCACAGUUGUCGUCCUGGGCGUGGUCAUCGGCGCCUUGAUAGUCGGAGCCAAGUGCUACGUGCUGAGGAAAGCUAAAGCCAAGCAGAUGCCUGUGGAAAUGUCCAGGCCGGCAGUCCCACUUCUGAAAUCCAACAACGAGAAGGUGGCAGAGCCUAGCAGCGAAGCCAACAGUCAUUACGGUUACAAUGAUGAAGUUGGAAACCAUGCAAUGAAGCAACCAAAUGAAAGUAAAGCAGACCCAGUGAACUCAGAUGUGGAGUACACAGAGGUGGAAGUGUCCCCGGCAGAGCCCCACCAGGUUCUAGGCACGAGGGGCACAGACACGGUGUACAGUGAGAUCCGGAAGGCCGAGCCUCGUUCUGGGGAACACAGAUAUUCUAGAACAGAAGGCUCCCUUGACGGAUCGUAGGACGGCAGAAGCAGGCGCGCGUGCCGGCAGGACGUCCACAUACCAAGGAGAGCAGAUGAUCCCCAUGUGUCACGACCUCUUUCCACUCAAUAAGCUGCUCCGCUCCCAUCUAACUAGAAAUUCCUCAGUCCAAGGCACCAGUUCUUAAAUCUGUCCUGUUGUGUUAAUGUUAGGUAUAAAGAUACAGAGGGA